GCAAGUGCUAAUCUCAACAGCUUACUCUUGCUGAAGCAUUUAAAAGAAUUUUGUCUCUAUUUGUCCAAUCAGAAACACUAAACAGAAAUAGCAUAAUCACGACCAAAAUUUAAGUGGCACAUCCUAUUGUCGCCAUUUCUCGGGGACGAUUUGCGUCGCUAAGAUGACCAAUCCCUCUUACUUUUAAGAUUGUCGGAUGCCUCAAGAGCCGUCCUUGUUUGUUUUAUAUAUUUAUCUACCCAUUAAAGUCGCUGAACACGUAACGUUGUUGUUUUAACGGGCAGAAAACUUAUUAAAAAUGGAAAUCACUCCAGCGUGUCGACACGCAAGUUAACCUACCAAAUAAUACGAAGCUGUUUUGGAUUAGGCGUCUGUUACAGAAACGUACUGUAACAAAAAGAAACUAAGCAAGGAAUUUCUGAAUGGCCUCCGUGAAAGCGCGUAGGGAAGCUGCCGGCCCCAUUCUCGUCGUAAACCCUGUCUUUCAAAAUUGGUGUCAAGAUGACGCCAAAAAGAACCAAAGGGCGCUUGUUGCAUCUCGAUUUGAAAACUUGGGGGGAGUCCGCCAUUUGGAUUACCGGAGUUUAUCUGACGAGCAGCCAAACACAAGCAGUGCGAACAGAAAGCCCGCAGGCAUGUUCAGCACAAACCGUGUGGUGGUGUUUUUGUUGAUUGUCGUGUGCCUCGUGUCGAUACCAGCUCUGGUGUUGACAGUCAUGAUGCUGUUUGGCAAAAUAGGCGAUCGAUGCGGUUGCUCAAAUACACAAGCGUCUACUGCAGCGCAGACCUCCCGAACAGAAAACAGCGCGAUGUUAGCGAGGAUAACAUCCAUGGAAGACAGCGUGAAAAAUCUUAAGGAAGAACUGAGGGUAAAAUCAAGUCAACUUGAAGAGGUUGAAAAGUCCCUUAAAACACUGGGGACAAAAAACGACAAUUUGAAGAAAAUGUUGAACUGCACAGCAGCUGUGGGGCAGUCUUUUCAACAAGAUAACAAUCUAACUAAUGUGCUGAGAGAUAUCAAUACAACGCUGUCCUUCAAGGUGUGAAUAAUUUAAUUGAGAUUACUGUUUGAUGGGAAGCGGCGUGGCCGAGUG